AUGACUAUAAAAAAAGAAUCCUAUUCUGUUGCUGUAGAUGUUUUAACUACUGGAAUAGAAGUUACUCGAAAUGUUGGCAGCAAUGUAGAUAUAGUCCAACAGACAAUUAAUGUAGCUAGUGAAGCUAUUAAACCAUUUGUUCCGCUGAUAGGCCUUGUGACUGAUUUGGCAGGGCAGAUUAUUGAAAUAUAUGAAAAUGCUCAAUAUAAUAAAAAAAUUUGCGAUGCUUUUCUUGAUCGUAUAGACGCUCUUCAAGCAUCAAUUAAAACUUUACAACGAAGAAAAGAAGAAAAUCAAAAAACAUUUCAGGAUAAGGGAUAUUAUAACAAUUUUGAGCGCCUUGUUGAUGUUUUGAGAAAAGUAAAAGAUUUUCUUGAUAAUGUAACUCGUCUUCACGGAUAUAAAAAAUAUCUUAAUGCAAAUAACGUUAAAGAAAAAUUUGUAACACUUACCAAUGAAUUUGAUACUGUAGUGCAUGAUUUACAUUUCGCAUUAACUGUAUCUGCUCAGAGACAAAAAACUAUUCAUGGUGGCAUUAUUGAUAACGAACAACAACUUAAUGCAGUAGUUCAAGAAGUUAUGAUUAUAAAAGUGUUGAUCAAAUGGGGAUAUAACAGAGUUGAUGGAUGA